AUGGAUGACCUUUCACAUUUGCAAAAGAGUGUCCUUGAGAAGUAUACACAUCUAGCUAAGUCUCUACACUCGUUGGAUAACACAAUAAAGCAACUGAACGCAAAUAAGCAUGAGGAGUCACCAGAACAAGUUUUGCAGCAGCUACGCGAAAUUGAAGUUAAAAUCGCGCUAGCGGGCACCUUAUUCAAAGGUAGUGUAUAUUCUUUGGUGUUACAAAAAAAUGGGUUACAAAAAUAG